AUGGUUUUCCCUCCCCCUCCCGUGUCCAGCAUUGACUGGAAGAAGAUCGGAUUUGAGUCCAAGCCAUUCAAUGGGCAUGUCGAGAGCCGGUACACAGUCUCAACCGGAUCGUGGAGCGCGCCACAGCUCGUCGCCGACCCCUUCUUGCGCGUCCACGGCCUCGCUCCCGCCUUCAACUACGGCCAGCAAGCCUACGAAGGCAUGAAGGCCUUUCGCGACCCCUCGGGCAACAUCAACAUCUUCCGGCCCUCGGACCACGCCCGGCGCAUGAACCACUCCUCCUCCUUCGUCUCCAUCCCAGCCAUGCCCGAAGCCCACUUCAAGGCGUGCGUCCAGCUGGCCGUGGGCGCCAACGCGGCUUUCGUACCACCGCACGACGCCGACGCCGCGCUGUACAUCCGGCCGGUCGUGUUCGGCGCCUCCGCGCACCUGCCGCUGACGCCGCCGCAGGAGUACCUGUUCGCCGUGUACGUGCAGCCGCUGAACGCGUACCACGGCAGCGCCGCGGCCGACGCGCUCGUGCUCGAGGACUUUGACCGCACCGCGCCAAAGGGCACCGGCGCCGCAAAGGUCGGCGGCAACUACGCGCCCGUCAUCCGGUGGAGCGAGAAGGCGAAGAAGGAGGGCUUCGGCAUCACGCUGCAUCUGGACAGCCGGACGAAUACCGAGAUUGACGAGUUCAGUACGUCCGGGUUUAUUGGCGUGCAGGCGAGGGACGACGCGCGGGGGGGCUACCGCCUGGUGGUGCCCGAUAGCAAGAAUGUCAUCAGGAGCGUCACCAGUGUCAGCUGCAUUGAGCUGGCGCGAAGCUUCGGCUGGGAUGUUGAGACUCGUUCUAUCAAGUAUGAAGAGCUUGCGUCGUUUGAUGAGGUCAUUGCAGUUGGAACCGCUGCGGCACUGGUGCCAAUUCGCUCCAUUACCCUACUGCUGGGCCUUGCUGCCAGAAACUGCUCCAAGCUCUACAGGAUAUCCAGCGUGGUGUGA